UAUAGCUUAAUUAUUAUUGUGGCGGAUAAGCUAUAUUUCUGUAAUUUCAUUUAGGUAAGCCCAUAUCAGUACAGUUUGCUUUUGUUAAUCAUAUUUUUUAUAUCCCACCCUGAAAAAUGACUUUGUGUUUAAUUUCCGCGGGAUUCGAACCCACUUCGCCCGGAUCAUUAAGCAAACUCCAGCACCACUCGAUCACAAAUUAUUCUGUUAUAUUACCAUAAGAAUCAAAGUCACUAGCAUGCCCUUUUAAAAUUUUCUAAACACUCCCAUUCCAGCUUGGUAUGUUUAGAAAUCUUACCAUGAUUAACUUAAAUGUUUGUGUUUAAUACUAUUGUUCUCUACUAUAACAGUUACCUAACUAUACAUAUAGGGUCCUAGGAUUUUGUAAUCAACGGCUAAGGUUCACUAGUUACUGUGAUUUCUUGGAAGAUGGACAGUUUUUUAUAAUGAUCAUAUUGUGUUUGAUAAUAUUCUUUAGUUUUAAGUUAUCUGUAGAUAGUGCUUCAUAUAAUAAAACAAAGCAGGAGCUAGAAUGCGAGUUCCCGCCAAAAAUGGAGGAAGACUUGACGCAUGUAAGGAGAAAAAGACUGACGACUGAAACUGGACUGGUGUGCCUCGAAGACUAUCCUUACACGGUAUCAAUAAGGUUGCAUAACAAGCAUUGGUGUGGCGGAGCCCUGGUCAGCAGGCAGUGGAUUCUGACAGCGGCUCAAUGUUUUGAUUACGUAACCAAAGAAGAAGUGUCCGUUCGUGUCGGCUCCGUGUUUCGAGACUUCGGCGGUCAGCUGCUCUCCGUCGUCGACAUCCAGCUUCAUCCAGACUAUAAAAUUGACCAGUAUUACCCUGAACAUAAUCUGGCUAUGAUUAAGAUGAAUUUGCCAGUCUUGCCGAAUGCCCGCAUUAAGCCUGUUUCGCUGCCAUCAGAGAAUUCCGACCUCCCGCCCAUGUUUGGUGAAGUAGUCGUCACUGGAUAUGGUUCUGUGACAACAGGACAAAUCAGAGAAGGUGUAUUCCAGGAGCUAAGGAGGAUGAUAGUGCGAGAAGUGCCGCGAAGUGAAUGUAGACUCGUGUACGGCAAUGACUACCGAUUGCAGCAGGACCACAUGUGUCUGCAGAGUAUCGUCAAAGGGGUGGCUUUGUGUGCUGGUGACACAGGCAACCCUGCGGUAUUAUUUAGUGGUCUAAACAGAGCCGGGACACUAUUUGGGAUAGCGCUGUUUUCUGGAACAGAGGAGUGCGCUUUCAAGUCUAAACCUGGGGUGUUUGCAAAGGUGUCCUACAGCCGCGGCUGGAUUGAUAAGAUCCUGAUGGGAGUGGUGUCUGACCAUGACCAUAUUGACAGCGCGGACAGUGGCGAGAACGCUAUACCUUUUGACACGGAAUGAAAAAAUCUCUCAGAAUUAUGUCUCUGUUUAUAUCAUAUUUAAUCUUACUUACUUUUAACGAAAUUGUUUAUUCUAUGUCAUUAAUAUUAAUGUAAUGAAUUGAUUGCAUUUAUAAUGGAUCUAUAUUAUUUUGAAAAUACUGUGUUUAUUUUAAUCAGUAGAAAUGUUAAGUAUAAUUUAGUUAGUAUGAAUUGUAAACAAGUGUCAAAUUUAGUAGGUACCUCAAUUAAAUAACUCCAAACCUAUAUUUUGUUA